CAAAUUCGCGGUCGCAAACGGCUCGCUGCACAGCCGGUCCGAUUUAAAAAUUUAGUUUUUACUGGUGAAAUAGUGCGCAAAACCGCGAUGAAAUUCUCCACCACCAACGCCAAGUGCUCGUCGUACGACGGGAAGCACCUGAUUUACGUCGGAACACACACGGGAUCGUUCAAAAAGCUGGAACCCUUCCAGGAGGAGCCGUACAGCCAGAAGAACCUGCAGCAGAUCAAUGUGCUGAACAAAACGUCCAAGGUGACGUGUUUGGCGUUCGGCAACGAAGAUCGCACCGAGAUUCUGGUGGGUCGUGCCAAUGGGUUCGUUAAGGUGUUCGACUGCAACAGCGAGGACAACACCUCGAGCCUGGAGGUUGGCGAGGUCGGGGAGGUCGUCGGGUUGGGACGGUCCAAUGGCUGCAUCAUUGCCGGCACCGACAAGGGCACGGUCAAGAUCAUAAAAUACCCGGAAACCGUAGAGUUCUCCGUCGGGGACAACCUGGCCAAGCUGCGCAUCUGCGCCGAAGAUCCGAACCAGAUGGUGACCGGUGGCAAACAGCUCAAGCAGAUCGUCAAAGUGUGGGACCUGGAAACGCAACAGGUGACCUUUACGGCGAAGAACGUAAAGAAGGAGCUGGAGCUGGAGAAACCUGUCUGGGAGAAUGACGUCCUGUUUGUGGAUCGUAACACCGUGGCGUCGUGCUCGCGGUACGGGUACGUGCGUGUGUACGAUCUGCGAGCCGUGCAGCGUCGCCCGGUGCAGGCGUUCGCUCCGCCGGACGAUCAGUUGUCCUUUACGUGUCUUGCGAGCCACGGUGAUCUGCUGUACGCAGGAACGACCAGCGUGGGGGCGCGUGCGUUCGAUCGUAGGAAGAUGAAGAAUCACGUACACGUGUACAAAGGAUUCACCGGAACGGUUACCGGCGUCGGGGUGGACUCGACCGGAAGUUAUCUGUUCAGCUCGUGUCUGGAUCGGUACGUGCGGGUGCACAACGCGCAGAAGACGGCCAUGGUGUACCAGUGCUACGCCAAGUCGAAGCCAACGCAAAUUCUGUGUGCCGAUUACAAGGAAAAGCCCGUUGAGGAAGAUGACGACGACGAUUUGAUUCUGGUGGAGGAUGAGAAGGAAGAGGGUGAUGAGAGCGAGGGAGACGUCGAUUCGGAGUAUGAGGACCUGUUUGCAAAAAUGCAAACCGUUAGUGAAAAAUCCGCAUCGAAAAAGCGAAAAGCCAACGACGAUGCUCUGGAAGACAACAAGGUGAAGGUCAACAAGAAGAAGGGCAAGAAAGUAAAAUAAACAUAGUUCUUUUGAACCGUUAA